CAACUGGUACAUCUUUGAACUGUAGGAAGGAACCAGAGCACCCAGAGGAAACUCAUGCAGUCACACAGACGUACAAACUCCUUAAACUGAACCCAAAGCCUGUGCAAACCACUGUUACCAUGCCACCUGAGUAGCAACACACAAUACAAGAGUCUGGGAUCUAAGGCCACAGCCUCAGAAUAAAGGGCAUCAGUUGUAAUCAGAGAUAAGGAGGAAUUUAAUCACAAACAAGAGAAUUUCCAACACAAAAUGCUGGAGGAACUCAGCAUUCUGUGUGUUGAUGAGGAGGAAUUUCUUCAGCCAGAAGGUGGUGAUUGUGGAACUUGGUGCCACAGAGAACUGUGAAUGCCAAGACACUAGAUAUAUUUAAGCCAGAGAUCAAUAGGUUCUUGAUUGGUGAGGAUGUUAUGGGGAGAUUGCAAGCAAAUGGAGCAGAACAAAAACAAACAUGAUUGAACAGCACAGCUGACCCGAUGAGCCUAAAUGUCUAAUUCUGCUCUACAUCAUAUGGUCCCUUAACUAGUUACAACCCAAGCAAAAUAUUGGAUGUAUGAAAAAUUACGAAUUUGAAACUUAAAAACUUCAAUGAUUCAAUAUAGAACUAGAUUGUAUUGCGUUAUUCUACUCAGCGCAAUUUUGAAAUUACAAAAAAAGACUGGAGGUUUAAAAGCAAAUUUGAACUUUAGUCAGUAGUUCCAGUGAUGAGAGGGUGCACUGAGCCGACACAACUCAAUGGACGCUCGGGUCGAUCGGCUUUCCGUAGUGCGCAUGCGCCGGUAGGACCUCUAUCCGCAGCGGACCGCCUGAGAACACGUCCCACGGAUUGACCCAACAUGCGUUACUACAUGGGGAUUGAUGUGGGGACUUCAAGUGUGCGGGGAGCACUUGUAGACCAAAAUGGCAAAGUGAUGGUCCAGGCUGAACAACCAAUCCAGAUCUGGGAGCCACAACCAGAAUACUAUGAGCAGUCUUCUGCUGAUAUCUGGGCUGCAUGCUGUACUGUUUCAAAGAAAAUAACUCAGAUGGUUGACUUGAGCCAUAUCCAAGGCAUUGGCUUUGAUGCCACCUGCUCUCUUGUUGUACUUGAUGAAAACUUUGAACCUCUAGCUGUGAACGCAGAAGGGGUGAACAAUAGGAACAUUAUCAUGUGGAUGGAUCAUCGAGCGGUUGAUCAAGUAGACCGAAUAAAUCAAACAAAACACUCUGUGCUACAUUAUGUGGGCGGAGUGAUGUCCCCAGAAAUGCAGCCACCAAAGCUUCUUUGGUUAAAAGAAAAUCUGCGAAGCAUUUGCUGGGAAAAAGCUGGUCAUUUCUUUGAUCUCCCUGAUUUUCUGUCUUGGAAGGCCACAGGUGCAACUACAAGAUCUCUCUGUACCUUGGUUUGUAAAUGGACAUACUCUGCACAAACGGGCUGGGAUGACUGCUUCUGGAAGCAAAUUGGACUCGAAGAUUUAACAGUCAAUAAUCAUUCUAAAAUAGGGAAUCAUGUGUUGUCUCCUGGAAGCCGAGUCGGAAAUGGCCUGACAUCAGUUGCUGCUCAAGAACUGGGAUUACCCAAGGGAACUGCUGUGGCAGUGUCUUUGAUCGAUGCCCAUGCUGGAGGUUUAGGUGUGAUUGGAGCAGAUGUAAGAGAUUCCAACUUGCCUUGUGAGAACAAGCCAAUAACUUCAAGGCUUGCUCUCAUCUGUGGAACAUCCUCCUGUCACAUGGCGAUUAGUAAAAGCCCCAUAUUUGUACCUGGUGUUUGGGGUCCUUAUUACUCUGCUAUGGUACCUGAUCUAUGGCUAAAUGAAGGUGGACAAAGUGUGACAGGAAAACUGAUAGAACACGUUGUUAAAAGACAUGCUGCAUUGCCAGAGCUGGAGUCCAGAGCCAAGGCCAGUGGGAAGAAUGUCUAUAUGUACUUAAACUGUCACCUGGAGUCCAUUAAAAAGUGCUCUGCUGUGGGCAUGCUAACAGAAGAUUUACAUGUUUGGCCUGAUUUCCAUGGUAACAGAUCUCCCUUAGCAGAUCCUACCCUAAAGGGCAUGAUAACCGGAUUAGCACUGUCCAACAGUAUUGAUGAUCUUGCAAAGCUGUACUUAGCAACAAUUCAAGCAAUAGCACUAGGAACCCGCCACAUAUUGGAAACAAUGCAGAAUGCGGGACAUCAAAUCAAUACCCUCUUUAUGUGUGGUGGAUUGAGCAAGAAUCUCCUGUUUGUCCAAAUGCAUUCAGAUAUCUCAGAAGCGAUUCUAUUUAUGCUGGUCAGGAAAACAGGAGCGGACAGAGUUUUGACUUUGAUUUGUAGAGGUAUGCCAAUCGUCCUUGCCGAGGAGGUGGAGUCAGUUUUAGUGGGUGCUGCUAUUCUGGGAGCCUAUGCCUCCGGGGACUUUAAAUCUAUUCAGGUAUUAUGACAACAAAUAUAAAGUCUUCCUGAAGCUUGUUGAUCACCAGAGGGAAUACAGAACUAUUAUGCAAAACGUCUGAUUGCCACAGCAUUCUAGAGAAAAUGGCCAGAGUUCAUUCAAAAUCCUUUACACUUUCCAAGUGAAAUUACUGUUACUAGAUCACUGCCUUUAUUCUUUAUGUGAAAGAUUGUACUGCAUAAAAUGUAAACUGAAAUUCUGGAUGAUUCAGUUGGAAAAAUGUAUAUUGGAUGCGUCCAAUAAAAAAUAAUUUAAUGUAAAAACUGUUAAAAUGUGCAAGCAGUUUCAUUUUUGUAAUAACAUUAAACUAUCUUGUAAAUCAGAGGUUCACACCAGGGAGAUUCACACAGAUGUCAAGUUGUUCUCUGAAUUGAGGUUCCAGCCGCAUAUGCAUUGAAAUUGCAGUGGCAAGUUUAUUUUUCACUAAUGCCAUCAUUGUAAAUGUACACAAAAACGUGUUAAAUUAUUGAUUGUCAUUGACUUAUUAUUUGGAAGAAAGGACUUUACAAAUUUAUAAUAAACCAAUGCUGAAGGUCAUGUGGGAAAAUACAACACCUGCUUUUAACACUAUCUCCGUAUUAGGAGCAGGCUUGGUUUGGUGGGGUCCAGGGGGUAUUCAAAAUAAUGGAUAGGACACCUCAUACUGCUCUCCCAACACAUUUGUGCCAGCAAUCAAUAUAAUUGUAAUGUUUCCUGCAAUUUUUUUGGCCAUCUGCACGCAGCCUCUUCAUUACAUAAUUGUCAGGUUGUUAAGACCCGACACUAUCCAAUCUGCAGCUUACAACAGCUGUACUAAUGCCUGAUCACCUCCACCUUCCUCUCCCCCAGUGACUAAAACCAGGGGAGGCCCAGGUAAGCUAUUAUUUUUAUUUCUGUAAAGUUGUCUUGCUGGCUGAGAAGAAUAUCUCUGCGGUCAUGGAUCCGUGAUUUUCUGCUUUGCUCCUGUACUUAAUCACACUGAGAGAAAUUAAAGUGUGUUGUCUGAGUUUAAAAGGCAGGAAGCUCACAUGAGCCUGCUGUUGUGCUUCUCUAUGCACCAGGCACAUGCUUGCAUACAUAAGGCUCGAUUUCAGAUUGAAACUAAAGCUGUUCAUCUAAUUCAUAAUUUCAGAGUGAAAACACAAACAUAAAAUUUGGAAACAUAGUCACUGGACCUCAGACAGUAGAUUAUGAUCAGGUUCUAGGGGUCAGCAUUGGCCUAUGCUGACCACCAAAAGGCCGCUUUCCUUGUUGUCCCUCUCUAUGACUACUAUUGUUUAAUACUUCAAUGUGGAAGAGAGCAUAAAUCCCUGAUUAGACGAACUGAAGGUAAUGGAAACCAAGGGUAAUUUCUCCUUCUCCAGUUUCCCCUGGGAUCAAUAAAGUAUGACUAUGACUAUGUUUGCCUGCCCUUUCCUAGUACAGUGCUCCCAUUGCAGGUGCUUUGAACUUGGUAGGUAUACUCAAAAUACAUUAAGUGCCAUUGGCAAAGGAAGUUGUUUCUGAUGGUGAAGUAUUUCAGGAUGGACUAUCGCUUGGUUAACUUCUUGCUGAAGAAAUCCAUAACUCUAAACUCUGCACUGGUUUCAUUCCUGCACAGCUGUUAGUUCAUCAUAGUCCUUGAACGUGCUUCGCAAUUGCUUGUGCUGUCUCAGUAGCAGUGAUGGAAAGGCAGAAUUGAAGCAGAAAGCAACUUUAUCAAAUGGGAUAAAGUUGUUUAUCAAACCAUGUAUGAGAAGAAUGAAAUUGAGAGUCAGCAAAGGAACCUUGGUAAAGUAAUCUAAACCUGCACUCUGAGAGACAUUUAAUUCACAUCAGAAAUUCCCAUAUCAAUAAUAAUGGUGGCAUUCACAACUAUAGUCACUGAAGUAUUGUAUAACAAUGAAUAUAUUACUGACAUCAAUACAAAGACAAUUAUUAUUCGAAGGUUAGUGAGUAAUAGUCAAAAUGGUGUCAGGAAGUCUAGAAGAAAUUUUCAUCUAAAAAUAAUAUAUUUGCUGCCUGAUAAAACAAUAAAACCUAUGUUUACUUGGAUCUGAAUACCUUUAGGGCUUAAAAUCAGUUUCACAGAUAUUUGAUGAAACAAUGGUGAAUCUCAAAGACAUUAAUUGCAGAUACAAGUAUGAAUGUGUUUCUUAAUUUCCUCCCUUACCCUUGUUUCUGUUAAGACAGCCAAAUGCCUCUUUAGUACUCCAAUAGCUGUACGGUGGACAUCACUGGUACACUACUGUAAUCAUGGGUGCUUGCUAUUAUUGUAACUAAAUGCAUAUCAGAAUUUUGGAUGAGCUCAUGGCAAAAUUCAAGCCACAAACAGUGCCCCAUUGUAGUCAAUUUACACAGGUUUCCUGAAACAUGUUCAAGUUCAGCUGGCCUGCCUGAAAACGGGAACAGUGGCAUGAGAACAGCCAAAUGAGUCAUGAAGUAAGCAACUGGAACAAUUUUGUAGGUUUGCCUUUUUAAAAUGGGAUAGAAUUAGAAUUUGGGUGAGAACCAUGAAGUGUGCAUCAUAGCUAAUAUCAAUAUCAUUUAGUCUGCAUCUUCCUGAUUGGUUUGAUUCCUCUACUCGAUAUUAAUGGCUUUGCAGGAUCUGUGAUAGUUUCUGAUAGGAGCUGAAAAUCCAGCUAGUUUCCCUCUGUCAGCAGGGCCACGAUAGAUGAGAAAUGCAGCCAGCAGCUGACUUGGGACAUAAUCACCGAAAGAUUUAGACAGCAAGAGCCUCAUUUAUACAUUCACCAGCCAGCUACCUUGCUGGGGAUGCAGUCUCCUAGGAGUGUACUGGGUCACAGUGGACACAUGGGGAUAUUUUCUUCUUUUUAGCACCCUGAUUUAUAAAGGACAAUGUUGCAUGAGUCAGAUGAUAGAGGUCACAAAUAAAUACCUUAUUGUCUUCUGUGUUAUCCUUUGCCUCUUCAUUCAUGUCUUUCCUAGCUUUUAUCAUAUUGAAGUUUCCCCAGUAAUCGCCAGGCUCACUUCCUGAAAUUACAGCUUUCUUCUACUCCAUUAACUGCCUGUUCAAGUAACGCCAAACCUUUUAGGUACCUUUACUUCCCUUGAUAUUUUCUGACUUCAUUGUGACUCAUUUGCUUGGAGCGUCCUGACAGCAUGGCUUCAUUUUCCUGUUUUAAGCUUUCCAAUAGGACCAGUUUGAAAGUGAGCUUAGCACUCAUAUAGAAUAUAGAACGAUAGAGCACAGGAACGGCCUCUUCAGCCCAGUGCCAAUCUAAACUAAUUCCAUUUGCCUGCACUUGUAUAUAUCCCAUUAUUACUUGCCCAUGUAUCAGUCUACAUGCUUCUUAAACAUUGCUAUUGCAUCUGUUUCUCCCACCUACCAUGGCAGCAUGUUCUCUCUGUAAAAGAACUUGCCUCAUUAAUCUCCUUAAAAUUUUUCCCCUUUCACCUGACUUCCAGUAUUUGACAUUUCUACUUUGGGAAAAAGACUCUGACUAU